UUACAGUUUUACACUGACGGUGGCCCCAAUAACACUAUUAAUAACGUAGCUAACCAAAUCUUCGACGCUGCCCACCAGGCUCUAACUCGUACGACGCUAGGCGCUGUACUGCCAACUUUCAACAUGCCAGGCGCUGUUAACCUAAACGAGUAUCGUGUCUAG